UGUCAUGUCGAGGGGUCAGUGAGUUUGGAGUCCCUCGUUGAAGAGUGAAGACAGUAGGCGUCGGAGUGAAGGGCAAACUCAAUCGUCCUUGUGCUUUACCAUGCUCUGCCUCAAAACCCGGCCGUUAUCCUCUCCGUUUUCUCUCACUUUCUCGUCUUCCAAACGCCUCCGUCCUCGUCUUCCUUCUCCUCCUUCCUUCAAACCCUACUCUCAUUCCAUCAACAUGUCCUCCACCCAAACCAUUGAGCAUAUCGUCUUGUUCAAGGUCAAGGACGAUACUGACCCCUCAAAGGUCAACACCAUGGUCAGUGGACUCAGCUCUCUCGUUUCACUCGACCAGGUCCGCCACCUCACCGUGGGUCCGCUGCUGCGCAACCGAUCCUCCGCCCUUACUUUCACUCACAUGCUCCAUAGUCGCUACGACUCCAAAGAUGACCUCAGCGCCUAUUCGGCCCAUCCCAGCCAUCUCAGCGUCGUCAGAGGAUCUGUGCUUCCCAUCUGCGAUGACAUCAUGGCCGUCGAUUGGGUCGCCCACAACCUUGAGGGCGAUCUCGUUCCGCCUCCAGGCUCCGCAAUUAGAGUGAGCUUCUUGAAGCUGAAGGAAAAUUUGGGCGAUGAGGUUAAGAACGGGGUUUUGGGGGUUAUUGGUGGAAUUAAAGAGAAGUUCGGACAAAUUAGGCAGCUCAGCUACGGGGAAAAUUUCUCGCCUGCGAGGGCUAAAGGGUUCUCGAUUGCGUCGCUUGCAGUUUUUCCCGGACAGGCCGACUUGGAUGCUGCGGCUUCAAAUGAGGACUUGGUGAACCAGCAAAAGGAUAAGGUUAGGGAGCAUCUGGACAGUGUGGUGGUCGUUGAUUAUCUGGUUCCAUCACCACAACCUCGGCCUGCGAGCCUUUGAUGAGUUUAGCUGUAGCAUUUUAUCUUGGUAGUGGAGGUAUCGAGCUUAUUUGGAGGAAAAAAGUAUAAGCAAUCCAUCAAUUAUGGGAAAUCAUAUUGGUAAGGUUAGUUGCUCCACCAUUCCCAAUCGCUAUUUUUUCUGCAUACUGUUUCAUUAAUUUUGACUGUGAUGGAGGUCUUUUUUUAUUUACUCUGCCUUGCUUAUCUGCAGCCUGCACCUCCGUCCAGUUUGUUUUGCACCACAUAAUAACAUGUAUAUUUGAAUAUACAUGUUCUUAUGUAUGAAAGUUGGGGUCAGGGCUCUGGCCCUUGAGUUUUCAUCUUAAAUAGGCUUGGGGCUGAAUCUCAAUAAAACGAAACUGGGGUCUGGUUUCAUCAUCAUAAUAUCGCUCACAAACCUGCCCAUCUCAGUCUCACGACUUCAUUAUAUGAAUAUAUGCUAAAACCCUCAUAGUUGCUAGCCGUAUCCAACUCCUACGUUUCUCUGCUAUCCAAACUCCAUAAACCUUGGUGUCUUAACUUGGCACCUCAAAUUAUGACAGCUGAUAAGUCUAAUGUUUGAACUUGAUGAUGCUGAUCUGGUUUGCUGACAUGUAUUGUGUUUGCAAAAACUUAUGCUUUAUUGCUAUGUCAACUAGAGCAUCUCGUGAAUAUCUGAUUACUGAUAAUCUGAUGCUAGUCAUGAUGGAAAAUCUUGUUCUUAGCCGUGCAAGACAGCUUUUAAGUUUGAUUUUGA